GCAUCGAUGCAUAAGCACAUCCCUGCGCCGAUGUACACAUUUCGUUCAUCUCUAAUCUUUUGGUUCCGUGCUGCUUUGCUUUGCAGAAAAUGCAAAAAUGGAAUUAGCCAAGAAAUUGGAAGCACAAGGCUGGUAUCUUACGGAGGAGGGUAUUAAGACAUUGACAACAGCACUCGGCAGCGAGGAUCCACGCAAAAUUAUCGAUGAGGCUUUAAAUCGCGACUUGCGCGAUAUUGGCGGCGGCGCUCUGCCCACCAAACGCGACGAUGCUCAACUUGCCGGUAAGAUUGUGCUGCAAAUUCAGCGAGUACGCAACAUUGCCGCACCCAAGUGUAACGAAGAAUCCAAGACGGCUCCGCGCCUCUUGCAACUGGAUUUGAGCGACGGCCAGGCAACGUUGCAGGCGCUAGAGCUGGAAUCUGUGCCGGCACUUAGUCUGAAUGUUGCUCCCGGCACCAAGAUUUACUUCCGUGCCGAGAAAUUGCAAAUGCUGCAAGGAUUUUUGCUGCUGCGGUCUAACGAACUUCAGCUGCUGGGCGGCCGUGUAGAAGCGCUCUACGAGAAGUGGGAUCUGGCACGUACAAUGCUGAAAUAUGCACGCAGUGGGCGACCGCUGACUGGUGCUUCAGCACCACCACCCUGGGUUCCCUUUGGUAAGAAAAUCGACACCACCGCCGAUCGAAAUUUUAAGAGCAUGACGGUGACCGGCGGCGACAAAGACAAGCCGGCCAAGGAGAACGACGAAUUCAAUACCAUGCGCAGCGAAGCGAUUGCCGUAGCCAGCAAGGCGGCCGUAAAGAAAGUUUUUGGCGGUGGUGGCCAGAAUAUUAUAGAUCACAAUGUCAAGAAAAUACUUGACAAAGGCUACACCGAAGAGGAGGCCAGAAACGCUUUGCAUAGCACACGCAACAAUCUUGAGCGUGCCCUCUUCAAUCUCAAGCGACGCCGCGACGCUGGUGGUAAUGGCGUAGAGCCACCGCCGAUGCGUGGCGGACGUGGUGAGCGCCCCGGCAGGGAGAGUAAACGAGGCGCCAGCCUUAAAGAUGAGGCUGACAGUGCUAAGCCGGCUGCCAAUGCAACACUUUUCGAUUUUCUUACAACUAAAUUGCCUGCAACGGAGACAGCGGCACCAGAGACGACGCCCGCCACAGCAAGCACUGCCAGCAGCUACAAUACUAACAGCAACAACACUUUAAAGCAAUAUAAUGCUAAAGCCACCGAUAGCGAUCGCCGGUCAUCCUCUACCAAUGUUAGCGCAGCUACUAACAAAACUCAAGGAAUGAGUGAUCGCUCCCGAUUUGAAAAUAAUAUUUCCAGCAGCUUUGCGGCAAAUCGUGGCGGCCACUCUGGUGCGCCACGUGGUGGCGGGCGAAAUCGUGGCACACGUGAGGAACGUCCGCCGCGUGGCGAUCGGGAAAGAGGAGGCGCCGGCUUCAAUGAACGGGCGCGCAAGCAGGAGAAGGACAGCAAUCCGCGUGCCUCCGAACAACAGCAAGUGAGAAGCAGCCAUAAUCGCAACGAGCACAAUGCCAGCAAACCACAGGCGGAUGUUAAAGCCGAGCAGGAAGCGCCGACUGGCAAGGAUCAAUUUAAUAAUCGACGUGGCAGCGAACGCCAGAGCCAUCGUGGUGGCGCAGCACGUGGUGGUGAAAACGGACACGCCAGCAAUAGCAGCAGUAGCGGCAACAGCAAUCGGCGUCGUGGAAAUGGAGCUGCUGCUGCCGCUAGCGGUGGCAAGGGCGGCAACAAUGCUAAUAACUCUGAGGAAUUCAAUGCACGAUUAAGCAAAGUAGUUGAGGAGACAGCAAAUCUUAAAAUCAGUGGUCCAAAGCGGGAAGAUCGUCGCAAGCAUGGUGGUGGAGGUGCUAGUGGCUCUGCUGGCCAAAAUCGUCAACAAUCGGAGCAGCAGACAGCGUCGACUCCAAUAACAAACAAAGCUGAUAAACAGGCACAGCGCCAGCAACCACCACAACAACAUUAUACACCACGCCAGCAAUCCAAUGCCAAUUACAGUCAAUUACCCAACGGCUAUACUUACGACCCCAGCAAGAUAAUGGGUUUCCAGAGCAAGGAAACCAACGAGUUCGCCAUGAGCCUCCUAAAGAGUCAAGGCGUAAACAUAGCGCCAGUCUCGCAACAACAGCAACAGCAACAACCUCCACCAGCAUCCAAUAAUUUCUUUGCUGCUCCAUCACCAUCCACAUAUAUAAUGACGAAUUCGCAGCCAACAGCUCUGUCGCAACCCCAACCCUUUGAGGACAGCUGGUUCUGGAAAAUGGGUGACUUAUGCAUGGCAAAGUAUUGGGACGAUGGGCGCUAUUAUGAGGCCGAGAUCACGGGAGUGGCUGAGAAAACGUGUGUAGUGUUCUUUCUCGGAUAUGGCAACCACGAGGAGGUAUUGAAAUCGGACAUACUGCCAAUUACGGAUAGCCAGCACAGGCCGGUGAACAUGAAUCCGCUGCUCCAACAGCAUCAGCAGCAACAACAGCAGUCACGAUAUCGUCAAGAUCGGCAGGGGCAGCAAAUGUAUAUACCACCACAUAAACGCGAACAUUAAGUCUGUAAAAAAUAUUAAUAAACAAUUAAUAAAGCUAGCCAGUCGUCAAUAAUGUAUUAACGAGUUUCGAGUAAAAUAAA